UGCGGUAAUUUCUGUAAAUAUGUCGACUACUGUUCGGUAUUAUCAAACAUACUUUUAUAAUUAUAGAAAAAAAUUAUUGUAAUAGACGGAAGAGCAAAGUCGUUUGUAACAAUUGUUCUGUUGGAAGAUUUUUUGAAAAUUGAAAUAGCGACACCGUAUAGCUGAGUAAUUAGGUUGGCACGACAGCGAUAAUUCUUGAAACUGUUUGCUAUUUAGUUUGAGCCUCCAGAUGGGAACGAUGGGAGCAGAGCGCUGUGGCUGGUUUCAGUCGCGCGGCGACUUUCGAAUGCCGCGGAGCUACUCGAAUGCCUUUGCCGUGAGGAGAAGCGUUCCAGCGAUGCUCCUGCAAAUCGCCCUCGGCUCCACCAUCAUAGGUAUCGUCGGGCUCACCCUCGUCAAGAGCAAAGCAGCGAAAUGGGCCUUCAAUUGGUUCUUCAUGCAGAUCAAGUACAACGCGGUGGCUUUGCGGGGCAUCGCCGACGACUAUCUGCAAGCCAGGAAUAACAAGACAGACUUGCCGCAUAUGCCAAAUCGAGUGGCAAUCGUCACGGGAGGUUCUCGAGGAAUUGGUUUGGAAAUUGUGAAAAUGCUUCUGAAAUGUGACAUGCACGUGAUAAUCGCAUGCCGAAGGCCUGAGGCAGGUGAGAAAGCGAUAAGGGCGAUAAGAGAAUCAGGUAUUACGACCGGCGCACCUGAAGUCAUGGAGCUCGACAACGCCAGCUUGGAGUCGGUCAAACGAUUCGUCAACGAGUUCAAAAACAAUUACCAGCAACUUGAUAUUCUCGUCAACAACGCUGGUAUAAUGUUCACACCUUACGCCGAGACAAAAGAAGGCUUCGAGGAGCAGUACGGUGUGAACUACCUGUCGCAUUUCUACCUUACGAUCCUUCUGACGCCACUUCUGCGUAAAGCAGGCACAGCCGAACAUUGUUCUCGAGUCGUCAACGUAUCGUCCCUUGCUCACCUGCUCGGUGACAUUCGCUUCGACGAUAUUAAUCAUAGAGACAAUUUCCUCACUUACGAGGCGUACGCACAAAGCAAACUCGCGCAGGUACUGUCGACAAAGAGCCUCGCUAAGAAUUUCGACAAGGAGCAUUGGCCGAUUCGCAUCAACGCUGUGCACCCGGGACUCGUUAGUACCGAUCUCUUCGAUCACUCGUACCUCAGAUACUUUAAAUUCAUCGCUAAUGUUCUCUUUAAGACGCCAGCACAAGGAGCAACGUCGAUAGUAUUCGCGGCAGUUGAUCCGCGGAUGGAGCAAAAUUCUGGCCAAUAUACCAGCAAUUGCCGUGAAGUUGCUGUCAAUCCAUUAGUCAAUAAUGAAGCCCUGCAGGAUCGACUCUUUCAAUUUUCUCUCAAACAAGUUGGCUUGCACACGAUACCCACGUAGGUAGCGUGCUCCCAAAGUAUUUCUCUUUUAUAUAAAUAACUCGACUAGUAGUAUUUAUAACUAUGUUUAUUUAUUGUUGUAACGUUAGCUAUAAAUGAGUUGAUCAUUUAUCUCGUUAAAAGAAACUUAUUGUUAGAGAGAAUGAUUUUCUUUUUGUAUAUUACGAAGAAAUUUUUUGUAAAAAAUUGCGUUUGUAACUAUAGCAAAUCGUAUGACGAGGAGAAUUAUGUGUGGAGCGAUAUAAGUGAAUAAAAUC